AUGAAUAUUCCGAUCGAAGAUGAGUACGUGCGGGACUUUUCGUUCGAGCCGGAAAUCAUUCUGCGUCGCAAGGACUCGCUGGACGUCCAGCGUGAAAAAUAUCACAAGAAGCGCCUAAACAGCCGCCGGAAGCGGCUCAAGCAGAGCACCCUGCAUGUGCUGGCGAAAACGCUGCCCAUUUCCGGUGCACUCGAGGAUCGGCGAUCCUCUUCCGACGUGGUGGACUGCGGGGGAGGUGGCGGUGAUGGUGCAAUGACCCAAAGUGGCGGUGAGUGUGAGCCAAUCGCUCUCAGCACCCGAUCGUGGGUCAGAUCGCCGGUCGAUCAAUGUUCCCCCGGGAGCGCACUGGACGAUCUCGGUCCGGAGGAUAAGGCGGAAAUUCGGCGUAGCGUAGUUGACAUCGAAAUUGAAGAAUUUUACUACAUGUAUGGUCGCUACACGAAGGACCUAGGAGAGUACGCCAAAGAUGAAGCGCGAAGACUCCGGCUUCUUGAACGACGAAGAAAAAAAGACGAUAAAGCAAGAAACAAGGAACUGCUGGACGUGCGGGACAACAAGUUCUUCCGGGGGGCAUCCUGGCUGUGGCGCAACACAUUCGCCCGGCUCGGCGAGGACUGGGUGUUCCUCGCCCUGCUGGGCAUCAUCAUGGCGCUGCUAUCCUACGUGAUGGACAAGGGCAUCUCGAUGUGCACAAACUCACGCGUGUGGCUGUAUCGUGAUCUCACGAACCACCCGGUGGCGCAGUAUCUGGCCUGGGUGUCGCUCCCGGUGUGCCUGAUCCUCUUUUCGGCCGGCUUCGUGCAUCUGGUCGCGCCGCAGAGCAUCGGUUCCGGUAUCCCGGAGAUGAAGACGAUUCUGCGCGGCGUCGCGCUGAAGGAGUACCUCACCUUCAAGACGCUGGUCGCGAAGGUGAUCGGGCUGACCGCGACCCUCGGCAGUGGCAUGCCGCUCGGCAAGGAGGGCCCGUUUGUACAUAUAGCUAGUAUAGUAUCGCAGCUGCUUAGUAAGAUCAUAACAUCAUUCCAAUCGAUCUACGAGAACGAGUCGCGCAACACGGAGAUGCUGGCGGCGGCCUGUGCGGUCGGUGUCGGCGCCUGCUUCGCGGCCCCGAUCGGUGGCGUGCUGUUCAGCAUCGAGGUCACCACGACGUACUUCGCCGUGCGCAACUACUGGCGCGGCUUCUUUGCGGCCGUGUGCGGCGCCACCGUCUUCCGGCUGCUGGCCGUCUGGUUCCAGAAGGCGGACACCGUCACCGCCAUGUUCUCGACCAACUUCACCUCGGACUUUCCGUUCGAUCCGCAGGAGCUGUUUGUGUUUGCGCUCAUUGGGCUCGUCUGUGGACUCGGUGGCGCGCUGUACGUAUGGGUGCACCGAAAGUAUGUCCUCUUCAUGCGUUCCAACAAAAAGAUGAACAAAUUUCUUCAGAAAAACCGCUUCCUGUAUCCCGGCAUUGUGGCACUGAUUGUGGCCACGCUGUCGUUUCCACACGGCUUCGGCAAGUACAUCGCCGGCGAGCUGAGCACGCACGACCAGGUGCACCAGCUGUUCUCGAACUUCACCUGGACGCAGAAGGAUCUGACCGUCGAGCAGGCGGCCAUCGUGUCGAACUGGCGCACGGUAGACACGAACGUGUUUACCAACCUCACUAUUUAUUUACUGUACACGUUCUUCUUGUCGAUCAUUGCCUCAACCAUUCCCGUGCCAUCCGGUAUGUUUAUACCAGUGUUCAAAAUUGGUGCCGCAUUCGGUCGAAUAAUCGGCGAAGCGAUGCACCUGUCGUUCCCGCACGGCGUCCGCUACGGGGGCAUGCUGGCCCCGAUCAUCCCCGGCGGCUACUCGGUGGUCGGGGCGGCCGCGUUCUCCGGCGCCGUCACGCACACCGUCUCCGUCGGCGUGAUCGUGUUCGAGAUGACGGGUCAGAUUACGCACAUCGUGCCGGUCAUGAUAGCGGCGUUGAUCUCGAACGCCGUCGCCGCCUUGCUGCAGCCGUCGAUGUACGACAGUAUCAUCCUGAUCAAGAAGCUUCCGUACCUGCCCGAUCUGCUGCCGUCCGGCUCCGGCAUGUACAACAUCUACGUCGAGGACUUUAUGGUGCGCGACGUGCGCUACAUCUGGAAGGGAAUCUCGUACCAGCAGCUGAAGGAAAUCCUGAAGGCCAACAAAGGCCUGCGCAGUCUGCCGAUCGUCGACAGUCCGGACAAUCGGGUGCUGCUGGGUAGCGUGCAGCGUUACGAGCUGAUUAAGAUGAUCGAUAGGCACAUUGGUCGCGAGAAGCGGCUCGAAGUGGCCGCCAAGUUGAUGAAGGAAGCGGAGGAGAAGGCGCGUGAAGAGCAGGAGCGUCAGAAGCGCGAAGCAGAGGAGGCGCAGAAGACGCGUCGUCCGUCCCGUUUCGAGGUGGUACCCGCGCCGGACAUUCUGAAACUUCGCGAGCGUGCCAACAACGAGAUGCUGCCACCGUUGGCUCGCCGUGAAUCGAACUCGUCCGUUUCGGUUGGACCAGUGUUUGGUGGUACGCAACCGAAGAAGUCGAUCCUCAAGAAGACGAACUCGUUCACACUGAAGGGCUUCAGCCCACUGUCACCGCACAGCCCGGUGCACACACCGUACACGACCAUCACCGGCACGGAGAGUCGCAUACGGUCCGCGUUCGAUAUCAUCUUCCGCAAGUCGGCCACACUGCAAGAUGUCACGCCCGACCCGGAGAUCGGUUCGAUCGGAACGCCGAGCAUCGUCGGUUCCGAGGGUCCACCGCUUACGCCCGGCAUCUCGAAGAAGGUUCAGUUACCGCGCGAACGUGUGAUCGACAUGUCCCCGGAGGACCAGAAGGCAUGGGAGAUGGAGGAGAUGGCUAAGUCGAUCGACGUCGAUCAUCUGCAUAUCGAUCCGGCACCGUUCCAGCUGGUCGAGCGAACGUCCAUCCUGAAGGUACACUCGCUGUUCUCGAUGGUCGGCAUCAACCACGCGUACGUGACCAAUGUUGGCCGGUUGGUUGGAGUGGUCGCUCUGAAGGAGCUUCGUACAGCAAUCGAGAAUGUUAACAGUGGGACAUUGACGCCGGAAAGCGUGAAAGCUAAGCAGGAGGAAGAAGCACGUGCCCUAGCAGCGAAAGAGACGGAAAACAAUAAUGGCAUUUCGGCGGAAGAUCCUCUGCUGCAGAAGCGAACCGGUGACACGUUUAGUGACAAAAAAGUAAAUAAUACCAUUACCUCGAUGGACUCGGCACUGUCCAACUCGGACAACUGUUCCGACAUCGAACUAGACCAUAUGAACAACGAGCGAAGCGAUACUAGUACUACAACUACUACUACUGCUAAUGCUGCGAGUAUUACUGCCACUAACAAGCAACAUCACAGCAACAAUCAUCCCGGAAAGCGUCAGCAAUAGUGGCGGAUACGGUUGUGAAUAAGGAACAGAGAUUGGCCAAAAGAAACACUAGUAGCAGUAGCAACAGUAGUAGUAUGAGUAGUAGCAAUAGUAUGAGCCAAGCUGGAGUGAUAAGUCGUUGUUUUAUUAUCAACGCUCGAACGCCGUAAAGCGUGGGAAGUCCGGAAGCAAUGUUUUGUGUCCAACGAGUGUCACGUGUCUUUUCGCUCAAAUAGGGCAUGUACACGCGCACAUACACACACAUAGACACACACAGAAACGUCUACGAGCGGUGCGAUUCUCUAAGGAUGUUCACCAUGAUCAUCACUAUCGGGGUUUGUACACGCGUGGGCACGUGUUUUCUACUAGUUCUGCACAGCAAGAUUUGUUAGUGUCCCACUAAACAACUGCACACUUACCUUCAUCGCACACCACCACCACGUUGCACUCUAUUGCAAGCACCGGAUAACAAUUGGCACCCCCGGGGAUAUACGCAAAAUUCUCUUCAUCGACUCCGACUGGGAGUACAGUCGGAGAGGGUCGGAUGUCGAACAGCGUCAUUAGAAAAUCCCAAUAUGAAGAAUCGAUUCUAGUGAUGGCAUUGGAAAGGACCAACUAACACCAUCCACCGUGACCUCAACCAGAUCGUCCGUCGUCGGUGCAUCGCAGUUCGGGCUAAGAUUUCUUUCAUUGUGAUUAUAUUUUAAGUGUUACAAGUAGUGCUGUUCAGGAUUAUCAAAUAAUCGAACGCCAUGGAUCGAGCUUUCCCAUUGCUCCGGGUGGCCAAGUGAGCGAGAGCCUAUCGAAAGCGAUACGAGUCAGAGUUGUGGUGAAUCUAGUGCCAAAAAUUAGUCAGAAUCAGUGACCCAAAGGGGAGCAAAUUGCAAGAUGCUGCAGGAUCAGAGUUGUAAGCCGUUGUAUGGGAUUCAUUUUCCUCUAGUUUCCGUUCUUCCGUAUCUCGUUUGCUUUUUGUUAACAAUGUUGAUUAUAUCUCUUCUCCCAUAAUCUGGCAGAACUGCAGAAUUGUGCGUUUAGUAAGCAAAAAAUGAGGAAAAAGCAAAAGGAAGUGGGUUUCCUUGUUGGCCAUUCGAUGGUCGUCUAGUGAACGAUUGUAAUUUUAUUCUAUUAACCAUAAGGAAGUUGUAAAAUGAGAACCAAAAUAAAAGACACAUAUUUUACGACCAU